UUAAAUAUUAGAUUAAUAUGUAUUCAAUUUUAUGAUAGACAGUCUUAUAAGAAUAUUACAUUGAAACUAAAGCAUAUUCAUGAUUUAUUGAAGCGUAAAAAUAGUAAUAUUCAUUUACAUUCAACUAUUAACAUUUUUAUAUUAUCAAAUUUGCGUGCUAGACAUAGAGGUAUAAUAGUUGUUAAAAAAAUGAUAGAAAUAAUAUAUUGUCUAAUAUUGGUCACUAUAUUAUACAUGUAUAUAUGAUUUCUUAACAAUUUUACUUUCCACCUGUGGUGUCAAUUGUAGUGGGGAAUAUCCUUUCUCAUGUCUAUUCUUCUUUGACACGUUAAUUAAUAAUUGUUUAUUGUACAUUUACUAUAAAAUAAAUAAAUAGUGUUAUUUUGAUUUUAUAAUUAUUAUAAUCAUAAAAUUAUUUGAAAUUAAAGAAUGAUGGUAGUAGAAGGACGAUGAGGGGUCUUUUCGUCGGCUUUCAUAUAAAGCUUGUGGUACUACUUUGAUACAAGGCAUUCUUUCGCUGUUCUCCGUAUCGUUAAGUACAAUACAGUUUGUUUGAGGUUCACGUAUGACAUUUUAAAUUUUAUUGGUGACUUUUUAAACCAUGUUCUAGUCUAAAUUAUCAUAAAAAAAUUUUAUUUAUUACAAAGAAAUAAAAAUAAUAAAAAUAAUAAUAAUAAUAAUAAUCAAUGUAUUGGAUGUGAAGUGAAGGGAAACAUUAAAUUUGUAUAUAAAUUUAAAGUAAAUAAAUUUUUCUAACGAACUGGAUACUGAAAUAUAUAUACAAUUUACUAAAAAAAAAAGUGUGAAGGAUAGAAGAGAAGAUUUGAAUAAGAUUUCACCUUGGAAAUUGAAAUUUAUAAAAACUAGAUGGGUUCACUUCAGCAACAAUCGAUUCUCAAAGGUAAAAAAAUAGCACGUGAAACUGAUGCAACUCUUCAUAAAAUAUUUUCUAAAAGUCAAACACAGUACAGUAAAAUACCAGCAAUUAUUUUUAAAAAUGAUAAUGACAAGGAAUUUUCAAUAAGUUAUGAAGAAUUAGAAACAACAACAAAUAAAAUAUCAAGAACAUUACGACAACUUUGUAAUCAAACAUGUGAUGCUUCUGAUUUAAUCAUAGCUGUAUCAAUGAAACCAACUCAUCAAUUACCAAUUAUACUUUUGUCAAUUUUAAAAGCUGGUAUGGCUUAUUUGCCAUUAGACGUUGAAUUUCCGGUAUCCAGAAUCAAGCAUAUCUUGGAAGAAUCACAACCACUGGCUGUCAUUGUUGAUGAUCAAAGUGAUAGAACUCUUUAUGGAGAAAUACUAACAAUAAAUUAUCAAGAGCUUUGGGAACAAUCUAAAAAUCAAUCUGAGGACUCUUUGGAUUAUGAUCUGAAUCCGGAACAGCUGGCAAUUGUUUUGUAUACAUCUGGAAGUACAGGAAUUCCCAAAGGUGUUAGAAUACCACACGCAGCGCUGAUUAAUCGAUUAGAAUGGCAAUGGAGAAAAUUACCUUUUAAUGAUGACGAACAAAAAACUAUUUUCAAAACAGCUUUAACCUUUGUUGAUAGUGCACCCGAAAUAUGGGGUCCACUUCUCCAAGGUCGUACGAUUGUUGUUGUUCCGAAACAUGUCACUAAAGAUCCGGAAAAAUUCAUAGACGUUCUUGAGAAAUAUGAUGUAAUUAUUUAUUUAUGUAUAUUUUAUGUAUUUAUGAUGUUGAUAUUGAUUUAUAUUAGCAAGUUGAAUUUUUAUUUAACAACCUAUUACUUUUUUUUAUGGCAGAUUCAAAGACUUGUUUUGGUGCCGUCGUUGUUGCAAUCGAUGCUAAUGUACUUGAGUCUUCAAGACAACGACAAGGCACUAAAGUCUCUCAAGUUAUGGAUCUGUUCUGGAGAAGCACUUCCACAGUCGUUAGCAAGAGAGUUUUUUGUGAGGUUUGGUAGAUUUGGACACACUCUGGCUAACUUUUAUGGCAGCACUGAAGUAAUGGGUGAUGUGACUUAUCAUUUACUGAAGAAUAUCAAUCAGUUGGAAGAUGCAGAAAAAGUACCGAUAGGUCGUCCUUUAGACAACUGCAUAAUUUAUAUUGUCGACAAAGACCUUCAUAUAUUACCCCAGGGUGAUGUAGGUGAACUCGUAGUGGCAGGGAGAAAUUUAGCAGCCGGAUACAUUCGAGGAAGAGAUUCACAUCGAUUUGUCAACAAUCCUCAUGCUAUCGAUCCCGAGUAUUCAACGAUUUAUCAUACUGGUGAUUUUGCACGAAUUUUAAAAGGUAAUGUUAUAUACGAAGGUCGUACAGAUUCCCAAAUUAAAAUUCGUGGUCAUCGAGUUGAUCUUGCUGAAGUUGAAAGAACGGUCAAUGCUUUAUCGAUCAUUGAAAAAGCAGUUGUGUUAUGUUACAAUCCUGGAGAAUUAUCACAGGCAUUAAUUGCUUUUGUUACCACAAAAAAGGAAACAACAUUUAGUGGUUUACAAAUAGAAAAUUACCUUAAAAGUCGAUUAGCACCAUAUAUGGUACCUCAAAUAAUAAUAGUCAAUAAUAUUCCUCUUUUAAUCAAUGGAAAAACAGACAGACAAACAUUACUAAAACUUUAUGAAACGUCAAAUCUAAAUGGCAAUGUACAAGAUAUGAUUGAUUGCGACUACACAAAUGUACCAGAAGAUUGUCUUAGAAAAGCUCAAAUUCUUUUUCCAACUAUAGCAACGGUUAUUGGUAGAAGUGGACGGUUUACUGUAAAUAUAGAUGCUAAUUUUUAUGAUCUUGGGGGCAAUUCCUUAAAUUCUAUUUACACUGUGACUAAAUUAAAAGAACAAGGAUAUCAGAUUGGAAUCACAGAUUUCCUCAAGGCAAAAAACAUGAAAGAAAUUUUGAAAAAAAUGACAGUUUCUACGGAUGAUCAAGAGAUUAAAGAUCAGAAUCAACCAAAGUUUAUUACUGAACUAAUGAAUGAUAGUCACAGAUCUGUAGUCACUCGGAUAAUCACAGAAAGUUUUUACUUGAAAGCAGACCUAGAAAGAUGGUUAGCACCACACAUAAUGCGUAGUGAUUACGCUGAACUUAUGAAUGCUCUUUGGCAACCAAUAGUUGAUAAAGGAUUAAGUUUCGUGAUAAAAUCAGCAGACGAAAAAGGUACUGUUUUAGGUGCAGCUUUAAGUUUUGAUGCAUGGGAUGAACCUGAAUGUACGGUAACAUCAAAGCUCGCAAUUGUUUUUGAAUUCUUGGAAUUUCUCGAGGGACCAAUAAGAGAAAACAAAUUGCCUCGAGGCAAAGGAAAAGUUUACCAUUGUUAUAUGAUGGCAACGAAUGAGAAUUUAACUCCUGCUGAAAAUGUUAUCAUUAUGAAUAAAAUGGAAGAAGAAUGCCUCAAUUUAGCUCGUUCUAAAGGAUUUGUUGGUAUUUUUACAACAAAUACGAGCCCACUUACUCAGCAAUUGGGUACUGAUAUUUAUAAUUAUGAAGUAUUAUUAGAUUAUCAAGUAAACCAAUAUGUUGCACCUGAUGGAACAAAACCUUUUGGAGAAGCUCCUGAUGAUCAGAGAGCUUUAUGUUCAUGGAAAGUCAUCGAAUAA